AUGACUGCCCAGCGAGUAGCAAUCAUUGGGGCUGGGGUUUCUGGCCUGUGUGCCCUGAAAUGCUGCCUGGAUGAGGGGCUGGUACCCAUCUGCUUCGAGAGGAGCGGGGACAUCGGGGGCCUCUGGCGCUUCGAGGAGCACCCCGAGGAGGGACGCGCCAGCAUCUACCCCUCCCUUAUCAUCAACGCUUCCAAGGAGCUGAUGUGCUUCAGUGACUUCCCCAUCCCUGAGGACUUCCCCAACUACAUGCACAACUCCAAGAUCAUGGAGUACUUCCGCAUGUACGCCCAGCACUUCGACCUGCUCCGCCACAUCCGUUUCAGGACCAACGUGUGCCGUGUGACCAAGCGCCCCGACUUUGCCGCCACGGGCCAGUGGGAGGUGGUUGCGGAGAGCGAGGGGAAGCAGGAGGUGGACGUCUUUGACGCCGUGCUGGUGUGCACCGGGCACCACACCGACGCGCACCUCCCGCUGAGCACCUUCCCAGGGCUGGAAAAGUUUGAGGGCUGGUACCUGCACAGCCGGGACUACAAGGACCUGCAGUCCUUUUGGGGGAAGCGGGUGGUCGUGGUCGGCACCGGGAAUUCAGGAUGCGACAUUGCGGUGGAGCUCAGCCAAGUGGCCAAGCAGGUCUUCCUCAGCACCCGGCGUGGGACCUGGGUGCUGCACCGGGUGGCAGAUGGGGGGUACCCCUUUGACUAUCUCUACCUCAGACGCUUCUUACAGCUCCUCUACAGACUGAUGCCCCACAUCAUCAACUUUCUCAUAAGCAGAAAGCUGAACGCCCGCUUCAAUCACACGCUCUAUGGCCUCCAGGUCUUUGAACAGCACCCAACUGUCAGCGACAACCUCUCCAACCGCAUCAUUUCGGGCAAGGUGCUGGUGAAGCCAAACAUCCGGGAGUUCACGGAGACGUCUGCCAUCUUUGAUGACGGCACCAGGGAAGAGAUUGAUGCUGUGGUCUUUGCCACAGGAUACAGCUUCUCUUUCCCCUUCCUCGAGGGCUACGUGAAGGUGGUGGAGAACCAGAUCCCCCUCUACAAAUUCAUGUUCCCCCCUGACCUGGAGAAGCCAACGCUGGCUUUCAUUGGCCUCAUCCAGCCCCUGGGCCCCAUCAUGCCCAUCUCCGAGCUCCAGUGUCGCUGGGCCACCCGCGUCUUCAAGGGGCUGCUUGACCUGCCACCAUCUGCCAACAUGCUGGCUGACAUCAUGCAAACCAAGGAGGAAAUGGCCAAGCGGUAA